GACUUCAUUCAACAAAGAACAAAGACAGACAAGUAUAUUCUCUAAUGCUGAAUAUGUAGCCAAGGUGAUACACGGAGCGAGAAUGGCAGUGAGGUAUAUUGUGAAGGACCAUAUUUGCAACCUUGUUCAAUGCCUGCUCGUACUCGUCUCUGACGCUCCCUUAAUACUCCCUUGACAUUGGGUGCCCUGGGCAAGGGAGCAUCAAUAUUCAGGUGUCUCAUUUUUUCUCAAUGCUUUUACUUAAGGGCAUCAAGGCUAGCGUCUGCCAAUUUAUUGUUGACUUUGCCCUGGCCAGCCCCGCCGUCUAGUUCACGUGCUGACAGCGAGCACCUCUUCAGUGUGUACCCCUUGACGUCUUGGUGCUUCAGUAAAGCCUUCUUUGAACAAACCCUGGCCCGCUUCGUCCAAGGGAUUUACUACACCAAUGUCUGUUAUAUUGCCAAUGUCUCUCUCUCAUGGAUUGACUUCACUCGAAGAUAUCCUUCGAUCGCAGUUAUUGCCUAUAUCCUUGGCAAUAGUUCUUGUCAGUUGUUGUCCCUUGAGGUGAUACCCUCAUCGCCCUGGGUUCGGGUUAAGAUGUACGCAGAAAAUGAUAACUAUAAGGAUGAGUCUCUCUCGCAUCAAAUGAACUCAUUCUGAUCAUCAUCGACACUUCCAUUCUAACAGCCGACACCUUCUUCUUCUUCUCCCUCCUCUCUCAGUCAAACUUGGCUCACACAUAAGUCCAUUGACCUUGAUUUAUCUUCAUCUUCAUUUCUCUGUCUCAAAAUGGUCCGUUUUACCCCUCUGGCAACAUUGGCCUUGGUACCCCUAGCUCAGGCACGCUUCGACUGGUUGUAUCCACGAGACACCAUUGCUCAGUGUCCUCCUUGCUCACUAGAGAGCGAGCCCAAGGAUUGUUCUCAAACAGUGACCGUCACUAAGCCUUCUGGACCAUACGAGACUGUCACUGUCUCGGAUCCCAACGGUUCUUAUCACACUGUUACAGUUACAGAACAAGAUGGUCCCGGAAAGACUGUUACUAUCACCCAAAACUACCAAAACCCUCAAACCAAGGUUGUGUACAUCAGCCAGGGCGAGACGGUUGAGCCAGCCAUUGAGACUAUCACCGUCACCCGUCCUGGAAAGACUGUCACUGUGACUGAGACGGAAACAGAGACUAGUGAGCACAUCGUCACCAAGAAAAUUGAUAGCUAUCCCGGCCCCAAAACAGUUACCAUCAGCAACGGCUACCCUGCGCCUAGUGCUGGCUCUCCUGACUACAAUGGUGGAGUUGUCACUAAGAUUGUUGGUGGCGAUGGCGACCAUAAGAAGGAUCCCGACAACGUUCACACGGUUACUGUGGUCAAGGAUGGUCAUAUCCAGACUUUGACAUACAAGGAUGGCAACUCCAACACCGUUAUCAAGACAAUCACCCAAGACAACGGCCACGAAGAGGUUGUGACCGUUACAGGCAACGAUCAGUAUGAGGUUACCAAGACUAUAACUAUGGAGAAUGGUAACAAGGUUAUCGAGACCAUCACAGCUGAGAACACCAACAACUACGUUGUCACCAAGACCAUCCAGCAAGGUGGCAAGUACCAUACCGUCAUCGUCAAGCCUGAGCCGACCGUCAGCACCAUCACCAAAGAGAACGGCGACUGCAUUACUACUGUUGUCGAGGUUGAUCAGACCUACACAUUGACUGCUCCGGCCAAGUAUGGAACCGCCACUGUAACAGAUGACGACUGCGAGACCUAUACAAGGACUGCCACUUACACCGGUAAGCCUGAGGUUGAGGUCAUCGUCUACGAUCCGGAGACUGGCGACUCAACCUGCACAAAGGAGGACGGAAAGCCCUGCAACCCUAGCUACGGCAAUGGUGGUGAUGGUAGCAAGGGCCAGUAUGAAGAUCCUACCAACACAAAGGGCCAGGACGGAAGUGGCAACUACAACACCAACGCCCCUGUAUACACCAAGAUCCGCACUUACGGCAACGGUGAUGUCUACACCGAAGUCCAUGGUGCUGAACCAACUGGAUGCGAAUCAGCUGCAGUCUCCACGAGCAUCGCUACUGUUUAUAACACCGUGAUUGUGACAGUAGAUGCGUCACCAUCACAGGCCCCUACUGCCGAGCGCCGAGCAGCAAACAAAGUUCGGUCACCCCUGUCUGUUCGAUGGUGAUGAAUCAAUUGACUAGAGCGUAUACCUUUCCUUGAGUUCAAAAUUGGUGGAGUAUCUAUUUCAGGAUUUAUUUCGGCACAUGGUAGGAGGGUUAUAAUGCGGACAUGUAAUCAGUAUUUAAUGUAGUAAUUAAAUUUUCGUCUUUUCAUA